AUCGCGGCUGCCGAAAAAAACACUGGCGACGGCCGUGUUUUUGGCUUACUUUGCCAUCAAGCGGUCUAAUAUACCGCUAAGUAAUCGAGGAGGCUGCAACACGUGUGACGGUAGGGCAGCGAGCACACACUGCCCACCCACACAAAUGAUGCCAUCUUCGUGCUGCCGGGCCGCAUGGGUUUUCGCGCUACUGGCUAGCGACAGCUCCGCUCUAAGUGCAGGGCCACCCACAAGCCGUGCACGCAUCACUGCCUUGAGUGCAGGGCCACUCGCGCGCCGUCCGCGGCCGUGGCGCCGGAGGUUACUCAGUCAGCCGAGCGACGACGCCGCCCCGGCGAGGCCGAAGCGUUUCCGGCAGCUCCUCGUGCCAAUCAGCGUGGGCGGCCUCGCGGCCGUCGAGCUCAGCACGAGCCUGUGGGAACUCGGUCAUCAUCACGGGCUGGCGAUGCUGGCCCUGUCGCGGGGCGCGCACGCCGUGACUGAUUUAACCCAGUCGGGCGCCGACGCGGUGGAGACCGUCGUCGAGGUCGUUUCCGAGGUCGGUGCGGAGGCCGCGGCGGCGGUACGGACGCACUCGACGCGCUUAUCUCGGUUGUUCACGCCGAAGAGGAUCCGCAACCUCUCGGUCGCGGCGCUGUUCGCCGCGGCCUGGGAGGUAUACCAGGACCUGAGGCCGGGCGGCCAUCACGGUAUGGUCCUGUUGGCCGCUCACGAUUUGGUUGAUACGUCCACCCGCGCCUCGACGCGCGUCGCGCGGUUCCUGGGGUCGCGGUGGCUCAAGCUGACUAUGGCGGUGGUCGCGCUCGGCUUCGCCGUCGUGGAGCUCGUCGAGGACUUCCUCCCGGGCGCGCACCACGGCGUGGCCGUGCUCGCGGCGGCGAACUGCGUGGCGGGCGUCGCGGAGCUGUCCGCUGCGCGGGAGCCGACGCCGCCGGCCUAA